UAUAUAUAGUGGCCGGUGAACACUCUAGAUUAUUGCAUUAACCAAGAUAUAUUUACGUAUCUGAUCAAAGGUGGUGCCAUCACCCCUGGAUGUAUCCAAUACGUGCAGAGCAUAUAAUAUGGUCCAUGGAUCAAGCUCUGCCCAUGUAUGUCGUACGAAGAUUACUCGUUCCCUCCAUCUGAGAUGCUCCUUCUUUUUCUCUAAACAGUAUAGUAACUUGGUGUCUACUCCAGUAGUCGCUAUAGUAAUGUGCAACUACAGUAUCUUAGCCCUAUGUGCAAUGAUCGCAUGGUUUCAUGCCUGGUUAAAGUAAACGUUUAGCUACUUUAUAUAUACUCUCAGGAGCUAAUGACUAUAGAGACC